CUACACCAUUUGCCGUCAAGAGCAGACGACAGUUAUUCGAACUUGAUGGAUAAUGCUGUAGUUGUCGGAGGCAAAACCUUCAACUUGUCCCCAACGAACGCCCACACUAUGUCGUAGCUACGUCGCUCAGGGACCGUUAGCGAGCUAUAAAUACCAGCCAAGUUAAAUAUAGGACAGCCGUUCGUGCAAAACAUGUGCAUCGCUCUCCACAUUUAUUAUACGGUCCGGGACUCCUCUCUUACACGCAAACAUCGUAGAUGGGCGAAAAAGUCGGCCAAACAUGAGGAGAACUUCAGCUUAGUGAGGGGAAUUUCUGGUAAAGAAUUCCGGCAUUUCUGCAGGGUAUAUGAAGAGUGAGGACGACAUAGGACGACUCGGUUUACAUCUCUGUGUAGUUUUCUUUGCCAUGACUGAGUGAUGAUGCUAUGUACCACCAUUUCUCGCAGACUCUGAGAGAGCACAUCACAUCCAGUUGUUGACUGCGUCGGCCGAUGUACCGCCAUGGCAGCUACAACCGUUUCGUGACUGAAGGUAGAGGAAAUCAAGCUCCUAAUCCAAGAUGGCGACCAACGUUCUACGAGCUGAGGAGUUGGAUCGACAAUUUUUGCAGUGCCCGCUAUGUAUAGACCGCCUAAAGAAACCCAAGGUUCUCUCCUGUCAGCACACCUUCUGCGCCAGCUGCCUAGAGCUGUGGAUCAACCAGAAUGAUGGCAAGCUCUCUUGCCCUAUCUGCCGCAUGGAGUACCCCAUGGGUGAAGGAGGAGUGGCCUCCCUCCCGGACAACUUCUUCGUGAACGGCAUCAUCGAUUUCAUCAAGCAGAAGCGGCGGGUGUCGUCCAGCGCCCCGUCCUGCCACGGGUGUGACAGCGAGGCGGCCUACCACUGCUUCGACUGCAGCGAGUUCCUCUGCGUUGACUGCGCCAACGCCCAUCGCCGGCUUCGGAUGACUCGCAGCCACCGGUUGACCACAGUGGAUGAGUACCAGACCAGUGGCAUGCUGGUUCGCCUGGACUCCCUGGACAACAGCGCCAAGUACUGUGCCAACCACGACCGCGAGCAGUUUGAGCUUUAUUGCGAGACCUGCGAUGUUCCCAUCUGUUACCGGUGCCGGGCCACUAGCCACCGGCCUCCCAGGCACAAGCACCGAAAGCGGCAGGAGGCGGCCCAGCAGCGGCGGGGGAUCCUUGGCCAGCUGGUGGAGCGAGCGAAGGGCCGCCUGGAGACACUCCGGGACAAUCUUGCCGUCCUGAAAGAGACAAAUAGACAGUUGCAGCUGAAUCGUAACCGGGCAGAGGCCCUGAUCCAAGACAGGGCGGAGAGUCUAGCUGAGACUCUGGCAAGAUACGAGCAAGAAGCUCUGGAUGAACUGAACCAGUGCUACACGGCAAGGAGGGAGGCACUGAACACCGAGACAGAACUCUUACAACAGGUCUUGGAUAAGACCAGCAGUGUCUGUAGCGUCACUGAGAAUCUUCUCACCGAGGGAAACGACACGGCACUCCUGUUCGUCAACAGAGAGACCACGUGCAAACUGGAGGAGGCCAUCGACGUCGAUAUCACUACAACACUCGAGGAAAACGGCCACAUCGGCUUCGCCUGCGGUCGGCUGGAACUGAGCCGGUCCUCCGUGCUUGGGCACAUCGAGUGUCAUCCGGCUAUUGCUUCGAGGUCCGUGCUCAAACCGGAGGGGGAGCUCCCCCGGGAUGUCCUAGUCGGGGAGGAUGCCUGCGUCUGCCUGGAAACCCGAGAUGCAUCCGGCAACACUGUUGAGGCCGGGGGUGCCUCAGUGAGCGCUAAGCUCUGCUCCCCAGCCGACGAGGUGGGACUGGCCAGGGUCAAAGACAACGAGGAUGGGACCUACGACAUCGUGUUUCGCUCCAAUGGCGAAGGGCGCCACAGGCUCUUCGUGGCAGUCUUCGGCCGGCAGAUCAUAGACAGUCCCUUCGACAUCGCCGUGCACCGACCAGCCCGCAAGGUCCUGGAGUUCGGAGCGGGCGGCUGCAUCACGCGACUACGGGAGCCCUGGGGCGUGGCCGUAUCGGCGCGUAACGGGGACGUCUUUGUCGCCGACACCGGAAAUAACUGCAUCCGGAUCUUUGACCUGAACGGUAACCACCGGAAGCAGUUGAACUUUCCCAAUUUCCCCAGCAAGUUCGAGCCGCUUGGACUUACGUUGGUUGGAGAUGAGGAGAACAUUCUCGUUACAGAUCACAUCAAUAAACAAGUGUUGCUGUGUACUCGUGACGGCCAGCUCUUGCGUCGCUUCGGUGCAAGCGAACUCCGCCGGCCCUGCGGAGUGUCGGUCAAUAGCAUCGGCAACAUUCUCAUCGCCGACCAUGGCACACACUGCAUUCACUUCUACGACAGUGCCUUCCGCUACCGUAAAGACAUCGGCGGGUACGGCAAAGCCACGGGCGAGUUCCGCUGUCCCAUUGCAAUCGGUGUAAACAGCAGAGACGAGAUCGUCAUCUCGGACCGGGAGAACCAUCGGGUCCAGAUCUUCGAUCCAGACGGGGAGUUCCUGGCGGCCUUCAGCUCGACUGGCGAAGGGGAGGCCCAGCUCCGGUACCCGACGGGGCUGGCCGUGGACUGCCACGACAACAUCAUCGUCUGCAACGACUGGAACAACCGGGUGCUCAUGUUCGACCAGCAGGGCCGGUUCCUGCGGAGGUUGGACAGCGAUGCCGAUACCCUGCAGUACCCGUUAGGGGUGGCCGUCACGGACCAUGGUAAGGUGGUCGUGGUGGACUACGGGAACGAAGCAGUCAAGGUCUUCAAGGUGUGAUGAGGCUUGACAACCGAACCAAAAAUGUACUCACCGUCAAUUGACCUACCGCACAGGUUACAGUGGUCAACCAGGCAUCCACGUUGGUGCUUGUAACAUAACACUCCAGGUCUGUUGCUGCAUAAUACUUAUCUGGCCUGUAGCGAUGAAAACGGAUACCAAUUUAAAGUCUGAUGCCCGAUGUGACGUUGAAAUGCCACACUAUAGGGCCUACCAUCAGAGUACUCCCCCAGUAAUUGGUGUACAGUGGUUAUCAAAAAAACUGAACCAUAGUUCAGGACGUGAAAACGUAUGUAGCCAACUACAGCUACAGCUGGGCUGAUUGAUGAUGAGGUGCAAAUAUUAAAUUCCCAUUGUACAAUCACACUUCCUUGAUUAGUUUUGAUUGGUUUAAUUCAAGUCAGUGAUUGGUGAAUACAAUUAAUUAUGCAGAAUUUGUAGAAACUUAAGUGGUAGAAUUGCAGUAACUUGAAAUAAACUGAUGACUGAUGCAAGUUUAUGGAUGAAGAUUUCUCAAAGGAAUGUCCGGUUUGCAAAUUUGAAGUAGUAGGUUCUGAGGUUUGAAGGUUGGUCGAUUGGAGGACGGAAUGGUUUCACAAAGGAAGGUUAAAGAUUGAAAGUUGACGGAACAGAUAUUUCACAAAGGUAAAGGUGUAGGGCGGUUUUGCUGAAAUGAAAGACAUAAUAAACUACCAUGA